AUGACUUCCUUCGCUAUUACUGGUAUCGUAACGGUUACAAGCUCAGUUGUCUUUGGCUUGAGUGGCUUGAGCCCACCUAUCGUUGGUUUCCUGGGUCGCUUGACGGACUUGAACAACUUGCCGAGGCAGCUGGCAGCAUUAGAACGGGAAUUAUCUUUGUUGGACUCACAGAUCACAUCCAGACUUAUUUGUCCUGACGACUCACCAACUAUCCCAAAGGAUCUGGAACAUGUGACCAACCAAAUUCAUGAUGCUAUUGACGAGGAUAUGAGCAACCUGGAGCGUCGAAUAGUCUUUUUAGACGACGAAUACAAGUUGGGAGUGCGGCCCUCGACAGAACAGUCACGCAGCCCGUUCAAAUCCGAGUCUCGACGCGGGAAGUUUCGUAGGCUUCUCCAAUUGAGAAACUCUAAGCUCCUGACGACCAUGAUCAAUGACACAAGAACUCUCAUCUGGGCUAUCAGUAACAAAAUCACAGAGAUAGAGUUAAUGGAAGGAGAAGCAUCGUCAGCGGUAACCAGCAACGAGAAUACAACAUCCCAUCGCACGAAUGAGAUUGGAGUCUCAGAAAAAUUGUCGGAACAAGAAUGGCCCGAGGUAUCUCCCGGCUCAGUUAGCGGGACUGCGUCUGAAGCCGUCGACGGCCCUUCAAGUCCGGAGCAGGCACCUUUGUCUGAAACUUCAUGUUCCGGAAAUACACAGUAA